AAAUAUUUGUGACAUUUGGAGCGGCAGCCUUUAAAUUGUGAUGGCAUCGCGUCUUCCUUCAUUUGAAAUUUAGAAGCAAACAACAAUUAAUGCAGUGAGUUGCUCUUCCCAUUCUCUUCUUUCACAAGACAAAACGGGUCUACCUCUCUGGAUGUUGGGACUCAGUGUAGAGCAGCUGCGUGCUGACAUGAAUCGUCUGCUCGCCAUUCUUUUCCACCAGGGAGUAUUGGACGAGCAGUUCUUACAGCUGCAGCAACUGCAAGAUGAAUCUUCCCCAAACUUUGUGUCUGAGGUUGUCAACAUAUACUUCCACGAGUCCGAGAAGCUCCUCAGGAACCUCAGAGGAUUGCUGGUGGAUAAGGAGUUAUGUGACUACAAGAAGAUGGGAAUCCACUUGAAUCAAUUCAUGGGAAGCAGUUCCAGCAUCGGCGCCCAAAGGCUCAGAAACGUCUGCAUCGCCUUUCGAGCCGCUUCGGAGCAGAACAAUCGCCCCGGAUGCUUAAGAGCUUUGGAGCUGUUAGAAUAUGAGUACUGUUACCUCAAAAACAAGCUGCAUGAAUUGUUCCAGAUUGAGCAGCAGAGAAUCCUAGCAGGUGCAGUGAGAUAUCCUGCGCCUGAGCAGCACCCUUAAAAGGCUGAAGCGGAAAGUGAUGGAUGGAAGAUAGUGACAGAAUUUCACCUGGCAUUGAAUGCAUAAUUCCCAGCCCAGCUGCUGAAUGCUGAUUUUCCAACAACCUAGCCUUUCAGCUUUUUUAGUUUAGGGGUAGACAAGUAGUAGUAGAGAUAGCUUGCUUCUUUUCUCCACUCUCAUCCAUUCUAAAACCCAUUUUACCGUCCCUUCACUUUGAUUUGUAGUAUUAGUGUGUGUUUGUGUGUUGUCAAUCAAGCACUUAAUGCAGCUUGCAGAUUAUCAAAAAACGCAAUGCCUCUCCUCUUUCCAACUCACUUUAUUUUAUUUCACUCA